AUGGUUACAACAAGGAAUAGAAAACGAGCAGAUGAAAGUAACGAAAAUAAGAGUGAACGCAGUGGAAAUCAUUGGGAUGGGGAACAAAAUGUUGAAAUUACAAAAGAAAUGCCUGGUGUUUCUACAAGUAAUGAAGAAGGCGAAUUGGUGGAAGCUGAGAAUGGCAGUGAGAAGCGUGAAACAACUAAAGCUGACAAAUUGUCAAAUGAGUUUUCAAGAAAGAGUCGGAAGGAAGAUUCUAGCAGUAAUGCUAGGGACAGAAAGCGUAAGCGGUCACGAUCAACAGAUUCUGGCAGUGAUACAAGUCGAGAUGAUUCGAGAAUACGGUCAAAACGCAGGCAUUCAAGUCAUAAGGACACUAAGUCAUCAAAAAAGCAUUCGAAAAGCGAGAAACGUCGUCGUUCUCCCGCAGAAAAAGAAAAAAGAAGUGAUACCAGUGAAAUUCUUAACGGGACAUUUUCAAGAACAGGAUCAGAGAUUGAGCUGAAUGAUAUAAAUUUCGAACAAAAUAACACAGAUGCUAUUAAAAAAGAGCCAACAGCAAGAGAACGGGAAAUUGCCAGGCUGUUGAAAGAAGAACAAGAGCAUCCAGAGCUGCUUGAUACUGAUAAUGAUGCGGUUUGGUCGUUAAAAAAAGCCCAAAUUGAAAAGCCAAGUCGGCAGUGUCCUUACUUAGAUACUAUUGAUAGAUGCGCGUUAGAUUUUGAUUUUGAAAAGCUGUGUUCCGUUUCAUUGUCACACAUCAAUGUUUAUGCUUGUAUGGUUUGCGGGAAAUAUUUCCAGGGCCGAGGCACCAGUACUCAUGCAUACACCCAUUCACUGGAUACCAACCAUCGAGUUUUUCUGAAUUUAAGCACUUUAAAGUUUUACUGUUUGCCAGAUAAUUAUGAAAUCAUUGAUCCAUCGUUGGAUGAUAUCAAGUAUGUAUUGAAACCCACUUACACGACAAAAUACAUCAUGAAAAUCGAUAAUAUGGGAAAGAUGGCUCGGGCUUUUGAUGGUACAACUUAUCACCCAGGUGUUGUAGGUCUGAACAAUAUCAAGGCUAAUGACUAUGAAAAUGUGGUGCUGCAUGCACUUUCUCAUGUUCCACCUCUUCGCGACUACUUUCUACGUGAAGAAAAUUACAUGAAUAUAAAAAGGCCACCUGGCGAUAAGUUAACACUGUUGCCGAAGCGUUUUGGUGAAUUAAUUAGAAAGUUAUGGAAUCCGAAGGCUUUUAAAGCGCAUGUUUCACCUCAUGAAAUGUUGCAAGCCAGCGUAUUAUGUAGCAACAAAAAAUUUCAAAUUACCAAACAAGGUGAUGCGGCCGAGUUCUUGAAUUUUUUGCUGAAUACCCUUCAUAUAGCAUUGAAUGGUACCCGUAACACAUCGUCAUCAAUUAUCUACAAGAUAUUUCGGGGUCGACUGCAUGAAUUUACACGUAAAGUAAUACCGGUGGAAACAACCGAGGAAGCUCGAAAAAGUUUGCUAGAGACUGAAGAAUAUAAAGAGAAGAAACUUGAAAUUCCAUUUCUUUAUCUUACGUUGGAUUUACCAGCUGCCCCCUUAUAUCGUGACGAGUUGCUGCAGAAUAUUAUACCACAAGUGCCACUUUCCGUGCUCUUGACUAAAUUUAAUGGAGCCACUGAAAAGGAAUAUAAAACAUACAGUGAGAAUUUCAUGAAGCGUUUUCAACUGGUCCGUUUGCCACCUUAUUUAAUUAUAACUUACAAAAGAUUUCAUAAGAAUCAAUGGUUUGUCGAAAAAAAUCCUACAAUUGUCAAUUUUCCUAUAAGCAAUGUUGACUUAUACGAUUGUUUGUCGGAAGAAAUGCGUCCUUUGCAUAAAUAUACAACCUAUGAUCUCGUUUCAAAUAUUGUUCAUGAUGGCCCACCAUCAUCUGGCUCCUAUCGUAUCCAAAUCCUCCACAAUGGUACUCAGAAAUGGUUUGAACUGGAAGAUUUGCACGUGAAAGAAAUAUUACCGCAGAUGAUCACGCUAGCCGAAUCUUAUAUACAGAUUUGGCGUUUGAAUACUUCGAAAACACGUGAGCAACGUGCUGGUGAAACAGAAGAAGGUGAAGAGGAAACUAUGAAGCAAUGA